AGCUGAUAAUAUAGCUGACCUUUCCUUAUUGAAAGAAAUGUGAAAGCAAGUAAUGCUAGAAAGUGUCACUAAUAAAUUGUGUUCCUGUUUUACAGGUGAAAAAUAAGUAAUUUCACAACUUAUUCUGAAGAAGUGCGAUUUUGGGCUGAAGUGCAGCAUUUAAUGUCUCUUGUUCAAAAGAAAGCUGCAAUAACUGCCAUCUAAAUGCUGCAUGGUUGGAGCUCACAUUUCCAAAAUCUUGUUCAGAAAGCCUCCUCAGAUGCCUGAAGCUCUGCAGCUGCUCAUGUGUUAUCAUUUUGGGAUAGCUGAGCAUCUAGGGACUCGCUUCUUGUCUAUAUUUGUCUGAGGGGCUCAAGCUUCAGGAUACUAUUCAUUAUACAUGAGGCUAGAGAGAAAAUGAAGCUAUGGAGAGUGCAUAGGGAACAUUUGCUAGGAAAGUGGGAAAGGAACAUGGUUUUUGAUGCUGCUCUAGAUGAUGAUAUGCAUUUUACUUCAGAUGGAGAAAAUGUUAGUAAAUCACUGUAAGUAUGGAUCACCAUGCUUUGUGUUCAUAUGUUUUACUACAUUAUAUUGAAUAGACAUCCAGAAACCUGAAGUUUCUAUAGCGUUUAUAGUGUAUAUGCACCUAUAGUAGGGUGCUCAAUAUUGCUCCAAGCUCUGCUUAUGACUUGUUGUGGUGACAGAAUUUGCUUCCCUUACUGUGGAAUCCACCUAAUCCUUCAUUUCUUUGUUUGCUGCUUGUUGCCCCAAUUAAUUAGUUUUCUCCUAUUCUUUUGUACACGUUCCCUUGGUGACCCUUUGAGAAAAACAAGAAAAUAAAGCCAUGGUAACUGUGUGAUAAUAGCAGUGGCUUAGUUCCAUUUAAUAUCACCAUGUUAUUCUGUAGCAAAUUGUGACUAAUUGCUUCUCUACUAUGUUAACCUGUGAGAAGGCCAGCAUCACAGAACACUAAGUCAUGGCUUUCUUCCUAAUCGCUGUAAGCUUACAUAAAAAGGAAACUUUGGUGACUGAGGUACUGCUGGUAGGUGAAUCAAGUGUAGCGAUGAAAGAUGUUCCCAUCACUGACUCCUCUUCAGUGUCGAGGAUGACAAUUUUCACCUCAGGUGUAAUGUGCACAAACAGCCGUGCAUCUACAGGUCUUGUGGAAAACUUCCUUUUUGCCUUCUUCAGCAAACAAAAAUUGCAUUUACAUAAAUUCCUGGAACAUCUUUGUCUGGAUUUAUCAUGUACAGAUCUGACUUUUUAUUCAAACAAUAUAAUUUCUCCCUUUCUUCCUUAGUGCUAAAAACUACACAAUGGCUCUUUAAUAUUUAAUUGACGAUAUCAUUUUACAGGUUUUAGUUUAAAGGUAACCAUAGCACAAACGCAUUCAUUAUUAACUGCUGAAUAGCAGCGUAGGUUCUUGGGAAUCCUCCCUGGCUUAAUAUGAGAAUCCUCAUCAGAAGAAAACAGCACUGGUAUUGUUGUUAAGCGUGACAAACUGGCAGACCUGAUGGGCACCACCCUGGAACAAUGCAAACUGCUUAUAUCAGUGGAAGAGACCAUGUUCAAGGGUGAGGUGAAGGCGGAAAGUGAGAGGCUGUCAAGGAAAGUGCGGUUCCGUGUGGCGUCCUCACACAGCGGCCGGGUGCUGAAGGAGGUCUAUGCUGACGGGGAGGCCACCGACUCACUGGACUCUGAAUACACCAGCAGCUCGGAGACUGACCAGACCAGCCGGCUGAGCGAGGUGGAGGGACAGCAGAAUGGGCACGGUGGCUCUGAGUGCGAUGAAAAUGAAAAUGAGCAGGAUGACUUACUCAUUUUAGUCCGAGCCACGAAAGAGAAGGGUUUUGGUACAAAGCGAGUCAACAUUCUCAGCAAAAAUGGCACAGUCAGAGGUGUCAAGCACAAAGUCAGUGCUGGUCAAGCCCUCUUUGACAACUUGUCAAAAAUAUUUCAGGUGUCAACAGUGCCAGAAUUCGGCCGCAUAGUAAUAUAUACCACUAGCCUUCGUGUGGUGAGAACCACUUUUGAAAGAUGUGAACUGGUUAGAAAGAUAUUUCAAAACCACAGAGUUAAAUUUGAAGAAAAAAAUAUUGCUCUGAACAGCGAUUAUGGAAAAGAACUUGAUGAGAGAUGCAGGAGGGUGUGUGAAGCCCCAUCCCUCCCUGUUGUGUUUAUUGAUGGCCAUUAUCUUGGGGGUGCUGAGAAAAUUUUACUAAUGAAUGAAUCUGGGGAACUGCAGGAUCUCUUAACCAAAAUUGAGAAAGUCCAGCAUCCUCAUGAGUGCCCUUCAUGUGGGGGUUUCGGUUUCCUUCCGUGCUCAGUGUGCCAUGGGAGCAAGAUGUCUGUGUUUCGAAACUGCUUUACGGACUCAUUCAAAGCCCUCAAGUGCACAGCUUGCAAUGAGAAUGGGCUACAGCGCUGCAGAAGCUGUGCAAGUUAAAAAGGGUAUCUCCACAUAUGCAACUCCAUUUUAUUGUACUGCAGCAGUUUGUAAUAUGAUUUUUUAAAAAAUUAAUCUGUUUAUCUAAUUCAGUCAAUAAAAAUCAGUUUAUAGUAUGCUUCUUCUGGUUUG